AUGGCAGGGUCCACUGUCUGCAAGAUCACCAUACUGUUCCUGGUCCUGCUAUUCCCGGAGCUCCACGUGGCAGGCACCCUUGCAUCUGGAUCCUCUCCCCGGAAUCUGCCUGAAACCCAACCCCACCUCCCCAGCUCUACACUGUGGGUGCCUCAGCCCAGUCAUCAUGGCCGACGGGGCCUGGGCAAGAAGGACAGGGGCCCAGGCAUGCCCAGCCGGGGCCAGGAGGGGGCUGUGGUCACCGCCACUAGGCAGGCUUCCCAGAUAACUCUUGGACAGCGCCCUGCCGGCCUUCUGCAGGACAAGGAGCUGCUUCUGGGGCUGGCAUUGCCCUAUCCUGAGAAGGAGUCCCGGUCUUCUGGGUGGGAGAGGAUGAAGAAACGUGGCAGAGAACACAAGAGACGCAGGGACCGGCUGCGCCAGCACCGAGGACGAGCUGCCAUCCGCGGGCCCAGCUCCCUAAUGAAGAAGGUGGAACCUUCUGAAGACCAGAUGCUGGAGGCUGCAACAGAGGAGUCUUCUACCAGCCUGGCCCCAACCAUGCUCUUCCUAACCACAGCAGAUGUCGCCACGCCUACCCCAGAGGAGUCCCGGAUCCUGCCUGUCACCUCCCUGCGGCCCCAGGCACAGCCCAGGUCAGAUGGGGACGUGAUGCCCACGCUGGACAUGGCCUUAUUUGACUGGACUGACUAUGAGGAUUUAAAGCCAGAGGUCUGGCCUUCUGCAAAGAGGAAAGAGAAACACUGGAGUCAGUAUGCCAGUGAUGGUAAUGAGACAUCGCCAGCUGAGGGGGAACCGUGUGACCAUCACCAGGAUUGCCUGCCAGGAACUUGCUGCGACCUCCGGGAACAUCUCUGCACGCCCCACAACCGCGGCCUCAACAACAAAUGUUUUGAUGACUGCAUGUGCAUGGAAGGGCUGCGUUGCUAUGCCAAAUUCCACCGGAACCGCAGGGUCACUCGAAGGAAGGGGCGCUGCGUGGAACCUGAGACGGUCAGCGGGGACCAGGGAUCCUUCAUCAACAUCUAGCGCCCUAGCGUUGCCCUCCCCACAGGCCGGGGUUCUGAGCUAGGGAAGUUUGGACAAAUAAGACCGCGUCGGUAACUAGCUCAGCUUGGGGCUGCGUGGGGAAUCCAAUGGCUGAGGCUGCGGGUACAGGCCCGGUACACUCAUCCCCAAGCUGGGUGAGGGCUUGGUUGAGAGCAGCUGUGUCUGCCAUCCCAGGUGGUACCCACGCAGCUCACGGAGCCCGCUCUACGUGAUAGUCGUGUCGAGCGCGCCCUCUUCUGCUUGAUAUCAGCAUUACAGCAGCUUCAAUUUGGAAAAUUAAGAGGUUUCCCGGCCUAGAAAGGUUUGGAAAGAGAGGACACCCGACGGGAGUGGCUCUGGAAUACUCUGUCCCAGGCAAACGCCAAGCACCACCUUCAUUUUUACUGAAUUUCCACAGAGACCGUGGCAAGAGACCACUGAAGCACUCUUGAGUUGUGAGACCUGUGCAAGGUCCCACAUCACCCAUGAUCCUCCAUCUUUGGCAUCAGACACAACUUGACUGUCUUCAGCCUUUCCCAACAGAGGCUUAUCGUCUUUUUGAGAGACAUGGUCUCACUCUUUGGCCAACCUGGCCUUUAGAAACUCAGACAGUCCCCCUGCCUCUGUCUUCCAAAUGCUGGGAUUACCAGGAGUGAGUCAGCAUAUUUGGCAGGUGUAUCCUCCUUAAAAUCAAAGCAUGGGGCGGGGUGGGGUGUGACUAACCCUAGUUUCCGUCCUGAAGCAUGGUGUCAAAGGCAGAGGGUGCUGGAGGAUCAGAAGUUAAAGGUCAUCUUCAGCUACUUAGCAAGUGUGAGAUUAGACUACAGGAGACUGUGUCUCAAGCAAAACAAAAUAAGCCAUUGGCCUAGCCUGCACAGGGCCCUGGGUUUGUCCUCCACUCGUUCUCCUCCAUUCCCACUUCUUUCCCCCUGAGUUCACUUGACACGAUGUUUGGUGGCUCCCAACCUCCCUAAGACCGUCUCUGGACUCCAUCCCUUCGCUUCAGCAACAAUGCCCCUCGGAAAGUGGGGUCACCUCCGAGACUGUGCAGCCUUCAUGCUCACAGGCUAGAACCGUGAUGACAGCCUCACCAUUAUUGUCACUGCCCGAAAUGUGUGUCCCAGCAGAUCUGGAGCUACCUGAGGAGCCACCUCAGGAGAACCCUUUAGACCCUUGCUCCUGGCAUCUCCCUCCUGGUCAACCUUUACAAUGGUAAAAGAAAGCCUUCCCUGCCCCCGCCCUCCCCAGCCUGGACCACAUCCAUGGGAUGCCAGGGCUGUUUACGGCUUUGGGGUAACCAGUCUGGUCCAGGGACCAGGCACCAAGGAAAACAAGCAGAUCUAGAAGAAAUCAAACACGCUUGUUCUUCUUUCCCAAGUUGGGUCUGAUAGGCCUGGGAAUGGGGGUCGGGGCCAACAGCCGGAAGGAUCAAAGCGGCAAUGGGAAAGCAGGCUCUAAGGCAGAUUCAUUUUCCUUUCUGUAGUACCAGGGCCUUGCACGUUCCAGGCAAGUGCCCUGCUGCUGAGCUACAUGCUAACUGGUCUGGGCUUCGAAGUCUCCAAAGCCUCCCCAGGGGACAGCCAUGGCAGCCUGAGAACAUUGGUCCCUGCCCUCCUACCUGCUGCAGCAUCUGCAGCACACUGCUAUACACAGCCUCAGCCUGCGUCUCCUCACACUUUGCUGACCUUACGGAAGUUGCUCACGGUCUCUGUGCCUUGACUUUUCAAAGAAAUGAAAAUGCCUGAUUCUUAAAACAGUGCCUGGCCCAUAACACACACACACACACACACCACCUAUAUUACCAGUUAGCCAACUUCAGCAGGCCUUCAUUUCCACAGUGAUCCAUCACAUACUCAAUGAUGCUUUUUUUUUUUUGCGGUGUCUCACUAAUCGUCUCUGGCUGACCUGAAACUCACAAUGUAGACCAGGUUAGCCUGGAACUCACAGAGACCCGCCUCCUCUGCCUUCCAAGUGCUGGGAUUAAAGGUUGCACCACCAUGCCCGGUUCAGGAUGCUUUCUAUGAUUGCUCCAAAGUGCACUUCACAAUGGAUGUAGUAGCGCACGCCUUUUAAUCCCAGCAUUUGGGAGGCAGAGACAGGCAAAUCUCUGUGAGUUUGAGGUCAGCCUGGUCUACAAAGAGAGUUCCUGGACAGCCAGGGCUACAUAAAGAGACCCUGCCUCAAACAAAUAUACAAACAAAAAAACAAAGUGGACUUUCCCAAACUGGGUCACUACUCGGGAGAAGUGUAGACCGCCUUGGCGAGUUACUCUGUCUAGGGUCUGUAACCUGCCUGGCUGGUCAGUUAUUCCAGGGUCACGGAGAGGUACCACCUGAAAGACAUGGCUGAUGAGAGGAAGGAGGCUAGGCAGAUUUGUCGAAGCCUCCGUUUAUUAGAGUCAUUGUUACAGCUUAUAUAGCCCCUGGAUGAGGAGCUUGGGGGGCUGGGGCACGGGAUCUUGCCACGUGGUCCACGCUGGUCAUGUAGGCCAAGAGGUUACGAUCGGUCAGGUCACGAUUCCUUGGUCAGGAAGUCACGAUUUGACACACCUAGUUCUCUAGAUAGUUUGGGUGUGAGGCGGGUUCCGCUAACAGAUAGCUCUCUAUUAACAGACAAUUUGGGUGUGGGAUAGGCUUUGUCAAUAAAACAAUUCUCAAUACAAUUGGAAAGUGGAGCCCUCUGCAAAACUCCUCAGGGCAAUGCUCCCUAUAAUAAUUUGGGGGGGGACAUGGCUCCUGACAGAGAAGCAUAUAGAUUCCCACACUGAGGCAGAGCCGGAGGAGCACAUGGCCACACAGCAUCAGGUUUAUGAGAAUAAAAGCGGACCCUGGUGGGGAGCCGAGCAGGGGUUUGCUUAGAACUGCCCAGACAGACACCUGAGCUGAAACUUCAAGGACACUCUGACAGAUCCCCACUGUCCCCAGAUACGGACUCUUUUCUGGGCGUUGGCGAUAGGAAGGGUGGUUUCCACGGCUGGUGGAAGGGGGCUGAGGAGCCUAUGA